UGGGUACCUUCACGUGUGGGCUUCGGUGGCUGCUUGAGCUCUGCAGCAGAGCUCCAGGGUGCCCUCCCACCAGACCCUGUGUCCCAGGCUCUUUGCCCUCUCCUUGUCACCCCUGGCCUGACUCAGCACCCACCACAAUGACAACCUUGGUCAUCGACAAUGGGACGGGGCUGUGCAAGGCCGGUUUUGCGGGGGAUAAUGCUCCCAAACUGGUGGUGCCCACGGCCGUCGGCAUCCAGAUCUCCCCAGACAACAUGACGGCCUCCGGCCUGCAGAACAGGAACAUACUGACGGGAUGGGAGACCUCCCGGAGCCUCUUGGAGCCGGGCCCCACUCUGGCCCUGACCUUCCCCGUUACCCGGGGGGUGGUCACGGACUGGGACGAGAUGGAGAGGCUGUGGGGUUACGUUUUCCAAAAGCUCCACGCGAGGCCGACGAAACACCCCGUGCUGCUCACCGAGUCCCCCAAGAACAGAGCGGCCGAUCGUGAUAAACUGUUGCAGAUCAUGUUUGAGACCUUCAACGUCCCGAGCACGUUUCUGGGCGUUCAGGGGCUGCUGGCACUCUACGCGUGUGGCCUGGUGACCGGUGUGGUGUUGGAGUCUGGGGCGGGCGCCACCCACGUGGUGCCCGUCCACCAGGGCUUCGGCAUUCCGCACGCCACCCUGAGCCAGGAGCUGGGGGGGCACGACCUCUCCCACUUCCUCAUGAAGAGACUGUUGGGCCCCAUGUACUCUUUCUGCAGCCUGGCCCAAAGGCAGGUAAUCCAGGACAUCAAGGAGGACCUGUGCUACGUCGCCAGAGACUUCGAAAUGGCCAUGCGAAACUCCGCUAGGGCACCCUCCAUCAAGACCUACAAGCUCCCCGAUGGCAACGCGAUCUCCGUUCCGGAAGAGGAUCGGUUCGGUUGCCCCGAGGCUCUCUUCCGGCCCUUCCUCCUGGGGCAGGGCUCUUGUGGUCUACACCACAGCCUCUUCGAAGCUGUAGCCCUGUGUGAUGCCCACCUGCACAACUCCCUCUUCUCCCACCUGGUGCUCUCCGGGGGCAACACCCGCUUCUGCGGCUUUCUGGAGCGCAUGAAGAAAGAGAUGACGGCCCUGGCCCCGCCCACUGCCAGAGUCCAGUUGGUUAACGCGCCGGGGGGCUGCUUCUCUACCUGGAUGGGUGGGUCCAUGCUGGCCGCCCUGUCCACCUUCCAGAACAUGUGGGUGACCCGUGAGGACUAUGAUGAGAUGGGAUCGUUGAUGAUUCAGAAAAAGUCCCCGUGAAGGGUGACCGUCUUUGCCGGAUGUUGGUCCUGGAGGGGCUGGGGCCAAAGAGGGAGGUUUUAUGUUUCUUCCUGGGGUGGGGUCUUAGGGCAAUGUCAGAAUCCAUCUGGGCUUCUCUUCCACCCCUGUAUGACUGAGGGGACCCGCAGGACCCGAUCGGGGGGGGGGGGGGGGGCGGUUGGUCUAUCGGGUCGCGCUUUAAUUUCGGUCGUCGCUCGUCCACAUCGAGGGAGGGCGGCUGGGAGGUACAGGAGUGUUUUUAUAUUUUUAUACGGGAACUGUAAAAUAAAAACGGAAGCAUGUAUCGUC